CCGAAUGGUACUUUCCUAACUGCUACCGCCAGAUCUCGCCCUUCGUGGGGAUGGCAAAGUAUUCUUCAUGGUCGCACCCUGUUGCAAAGAGGUCUCCGGUGGCAGGUUGGGGAUGGGGCACUGGUCCCUAUCCAUCAAUCUAGCUAGGUCCCGGCUAGGCACCCUGAUCCGCCUCCGUGUAAUUCUCAUGUCAAUUUAGAGGGUAAUGAGUCGAAGGUAGCAGAGCUUAUCGAUCCGGUGAGUGGAGAAUGGUGUUGCCAAUCCCUUCGACAGGUGUUUCCAGAGGAUGUUGUCCGGGACGUGUUGGCAAUUCCUUUACCGAGUGGGGGUGGAGGAUAGGAGGGUCUGGCAUGAUACGAGUGAUGGUGUGUUUACUGUCAAGUCGGCAUAUCACCUUGCGGUAAUGGUGGAUAGGCAGGUUGGGGAGUGGCGCCCUGUGUUUAGUUAGAUGGAUAGGGCAAGCUGGAUGAGGGUGUGGGAGCUCAAGAUUCCGCCGAAGCUUAAGCUAUUCCUUUGGCAGAUCUUCCAUCGGAUUUUGCCAACGACGGAGGCGUUAAUUGGGAGAUGGGUCCAGGUGUUACCUAGGUGUCCUGUGUGCUGGGCGGAGUCUGAAACGAUGGAGCACCUUUUUUGGGAGUGUCCAGUCGCUACAGCCCUCUAGACACAUGCAGGAUUGGAGCAUCUGGGCCAUGAUAUGCCUAGACAAACCUUUCCUUUCUUCCUUAAAAAGUGCUUGCUUAGGAUGACUCAGCCGGCGCAGAUUAUGUCUCUAGUUGCUUUGUUAUGGCGUAUUUGGAAGUCAAGGAAUUGGGCUGCCUUUGAGGGGAAGCAGUUCUUACUUCCUCAAUUAAUGCGGCAAUAUCAUCAGCAGCUACAUGAAUGGGUGAGCUUACCAGAGGAUAGACUGAACCCGCAUCGAGUCCCCCAGCAGUUGCCUGUGGAGGACGGAACCUCGCGGAGUGUCGUUUGUAUGUGGGAUGGUGCGGUAAGUGCUAACUCUCAUUCAACGGCGGGCCUUAUAUUGAAGGAUGAGGGAGGGAAUGUGCUGUUGGCGAAGGGGGUGUUCUUUCCUAACAUUGUGGAUCCUCUGGUGGCCGAGACUCUUGGUCUUCGGGAAGGCAUUCAAUGGUGUCAGGCUCUUGGCAUCCAUCAAGUGAGGUUUGAGGGUGAUGCUAAGGUGCUUAUUGAGAAGGUUAAUGCAAAGGACGCGCGGGAUGGGCGUGUGGGGGCCAUCAUUUCUGAGAUUCUAAGUCUGUUGGAGGUUAAUGGUGGUUUCCGGGUUCGGUUCGUAGGUCGAAAUAGCAAUAGGGUAGCCCAUUCGAUGGCUAGGAAGGCCCUGUCUUUGUCUCAGACCUCGUAUCGAUUGUAUGAUUUAUGUCUCUGGGUUGGGUCCAGGAUCUAACUUGUGAUCUUUUUCUAUGAAUUGAAUAUCUCUUGUAAAAAAAAACUAUCUUGAGCAUCAACAAUUCCAUAAGAUCGGACAUAAGCUAAGGUAUCGCAAAGAUUUGAACCUUAGCGUAGUGGUUACACUUCCGAUUUCAUAAGGGUUACUCGUAGUCUUGAACCCUAUCUCACACAAUGUAGCACACCGAAUCUUUUCAUUGAGUGAUAUUCUCUCAUAGGCCGUGCGUUUAUGGCCAUGCACGUUAUCCCGGUUUAGUGAACGAUCUAGCAAAUUUGUGCCUCCAAAGUUCCAUAGGGAGCGGCCCCACUCCCACAUUCACAUAAGUGAGUUUAUCAGGAGUACCCCCAAAGUAAAGUACUCCACCCCAC